AAAUAUGGCAACGUAGCGUUCGCGUUCAACAAUGUUAUGUUCCUAUUUAAUUUUGUUCAAUUUUAAAUUUCUGUUCAGGAAUAGAUUAUUUAUUUGAAUUAGCAAUGAAGCCCUGUAUUAUUUGUAAAGAUAAAGAGGGCAAAUACAAGUGUCCAACCUGCUUAGUUUAUUAUUGUUCCGUCACUUGCUGCAAUGAACACAGAAACACAAAAUGCACGUUGACUAAACGGAAAGAAGAAGAAAUUGUUGAAGAUAGUAACAAGUACGAAUUUAGGGCAAGAGAUACGAUUCCCCACAAGAAAUUAAAGCUGCUCGAGGAAGAUAAAACGUUAAAAAAUGUACUUGCCAAUCCUCACUUACGUUCCUUAUUGAAGACUGUCGAUAAAUCCGAGCAACCGGAGACCAUCAUGCAAAAGGCGAUGUUAGAGCCUAUCUUUGUAGAAUUUGCGGAUGCUUGUUUAAAAGUGGUUGAACCGGAAAGCACUGAUGAUUAAUUUUUAUGUACUCGCAACUAAUUUAUAUAUUUUUUCUAAUAUUUAGUAAUUAUAAGUUG